GCGACAUAGAUAUAAAAUUAUUUUUUAAUUAUAAGACGAGUAUGAGUAUUGACCAACCUAAUUAUUGUCGUAAAUAUACAGGAGGUAAGAGAGACAUCACACACUCACAGCUCGAAAAUCCCUUCCACCCACAUAAGAGAGAGAGCUCCUCCAACUAUGGCUCACCGGAGCUACGCUCUGCUGCUGCUGCUGGUGGUCGUCACAACUUCUCUUGGCUACACAAUGGCUUUACGGAUCCCUUGGCUUUCGAUACUGAAAGACUUCUUGGAAAACCCCGACGCAAUAGAAUUCGUAUUGAAGGCGGCAAAAGAUCUCUAUCUUUAUAACGCAAGCAAGCCAGAGCACGAAGCAUGCCUUUGCGGGGCAGUCUCGGAGGAGUGGAUGCUGCAGCACAACAUGCCGCAGGGGGUGCAACUGCAAGAAGCGCUAAACUUCUUCAUCUCCCUACCGAGAAAUCUCAGCUUGCCGAGAUUUCAGAUGGCUCUCAGAGUUACCAAAAUGAUCCAAUCCGAUGGCUCUGGGAGUAACCAGAGUCAUCCAACACCCAGCCCCAGCCCCAGCCCCAGCCACGCCUGGACGCUGAAGCCUUGGGCCUCCUCCCACUUCUCGUUAAUCUUCUGCUGUGCUGCCAUCUUGAUAUGAUGUUAUUAUCUUCUUGUGUUUUUAGUUGUCGGACGCUACUACAUAUGUCCAAACUGUUGCUUGUUAUCUGAUAUGAUGUUAUUUUGGCCUCGAUUGAUACCAACC